UUGUAGAGAAAUACAAGGAAGUGAAGACAGUCUCAAGAACAAAAUCAGUCUUUGGACGUUUUAUUUUAAUUAAAAGGCAAAUGUGGUGAGUUUAAAAGCUAUUUUAGCGUGUUUACUUUACACUCGUGUGUGUGUGUAAUGAUGAAUGAGUACCAGUAAGAGUAAGCUGAGCUCCUACCUGCUGGAAUCUGACUUUGGAAAUUCUGGAGGAAAUGACCACGUUGACGAAGCGUAACCGUCGCUUGGAGACUCCAGCGGAGAGAUGGAGCACUGAGGAAGAGGAGAAGAAGAAGAGAGAGGAGGAAGAAGAAGAGGAGGACACCGACUGCAAAACACUGAGACUCACACUGAUGGAGGAGAUCCUGCUGCUGGGACUCAAAGAUAAAGAGGGCUACACGUCCUUCUGGAACGACAGCAUCUCGUCGGGUCUGCGCAGCUGUAUGCUGGUGGAGCUGGGGCUGCGGGGCCGCAUUCAGCUGGAGCCUCAGGGGACCCGGCGGAGGAAACUGCUGGAGCGCAAGGUGUUGUUAAAGUCUGCUGCGCCCACUGGAGAUGUGCUGCUGGAUGAAGCUCUCAAACACAUCAAGAGCACUGAACCUGCAGAGAACAUGGCCAGCUGGAUAGAGCUGCUGACUGGUGAGACCUGGAACCCCAUGAAGAUGCACUUCCAGAUGCGUAACGUACGCGAGCGUCUAGCGAAGAGUCUGGUGGAGAAGGGCGUUUUGACCACGGAGAAGCAGAACUACCUGCUGUUCGACAUGACAACACACCCGCUAACGGACCGCACCGAGAAGGAGCGACUGCUGCAGCGGGUUCAGGACAGCCUUCUGGAUCGCUGGACCAAUGACUCACGACGCAUUAACCACCGCAUGCUAGCGCUGCUACUGUUAGCACAUGUGUCGGACGUGCUGGAAAACGCGCUGUCCUCGCUGCCCGACGAGCGCUACGAGCUAGCAUCAACACGCUCUCGAACCCUGCUAGAGGCCGACCCGGACCAGGAGAGCAGCCGAGUGUCCAGUCCCGCUGAGGAGAUCAUCUGGGCCAUCCUGGCAGCAUUCAACAAGUCCUGAAAGAAGCUCCCUUCAUAGCAUCUCUACAGCAGAGCCCUUACUAGUGAGCACAACCAGCCUUAAACAGACAGCAUUACUACAGACCACAUCUAGACCUACAUAGACAGCAUCACUACAGCAGAGCCUUUACUACUAAGCACAUCCAGCCCUACAUAGACAGCAUGAUCUCUUACUAGUGAGCAGUUCCUGCACUACAUAGACAGCAUCACUACAGCAGAGCCCUUACUGGUGACUACAUCCAGCCCUAGGUAGAUAGCGUCACUAAAACUAAGCUCUUAUUAAUGUUCAAAUACCAGCCCUUGCUAGUGACUACAUCCAUCCCUAGGUAGACAGCAUCACUAAUACUGAGCACUCACAAGUGAUCAUAUCCCACCCUAGACAGACAGCAUCACUAGAGCUAAACCAUUGCUAGUGACCUAAUCUAGACCUUCACAGACAGUAUCAUAGAUGAACCCUCACUAGAGAGCACAUCCACCCCUACACAGACAGCAUUACUACAGCUGAGCCUUCACUAGUGACCACAUCUAUCCCUACAUAA